AUGGCCUCGCUAGCCCACGUCCUGUUGCUUUCAUGUCUUGCUACAUUCUUUGCUUCAAACUUGCAGGCUGAUUCACUUAACUACAAGCCUAAAUCCUUAUCAGGCUAUCUUCCAAGAAAUUAUAAGAAAGUCCUGAAUACCAUAGAUUCAUGUUGGCGGACGGAGUCCGAUUGGGCUACCAAUCGUCGUGCUUUGGCCGAUUGUGCUGUGGGAUUUGGCCAGGCUGCAAUCGGAGGGAAAUACGGGAAAACAUACGUUGUCACUACUCCGGAUGAUGAUCCGAUAAAUCCGAAACCAGGCACGCUUCGGUAUGGUGCUAUCCGGACUGAGCCUCUUUGGAUCAUUUUUGCCAGAGACAUGGUUAUUACACUCGAAAAUGAGCUUAUGAUAAAUAGUUACAAGACUAUAGAUGGGAGAGGUGCUAAUGUCGAGAUUACAGGCGGGCCGUGCCUAAAAAUUGAACAUGUUAGCCAUGUUAUCAUACAUGGGAUUAGCAUUCAUGACUGUAAGCCAGGUAAAAAGGGGCUUGUUAGGAGUAGUCCGAGGCACGUUGGUGAACGCCGAGGUGCUGACGGAGAUGCCAUUGCCAUCUCUGCAUCGUCUAAUAUUUGGAUUGACCAUUGCUAUCUUGCUCGCUGCAUGGAUGGCCUAAUUGAUGUGAUUCAUGCUUCCACUGCUGUCACUAUCUCUAACAACUAUUUCACCGAGCAUGAUAAGGUGAUGCUGCUAGGACACAACGAUAAAUACACUGAGGAUCAAGUUAUGAAAGUAACAGUUGUCUUCAAUCAUUUUGGCCCUAAACUCAAUCAAAGAAUGCCAAGAGUAAGGUUUGGUUAUGCCCACGUUGCCAACAACAGAUAUGAUAAAUGGCAAAUGUAUGCCAUUGGCGGCAGUGCCGGUUCAACCAUAUUCAGUGAAGGGAACUACUUCAUUGCUCCUGACAUUUCCUAUGCCAAAGAGGUUACCAAGAGAGAGGUUUAUGGUGGUUGGAAGAAUUGGAAGUGGAGGUCAUCCAAGGAUGUAUUUAUGAACGAUGCUUAUUUUGUCCAAUCUGGAUAUGGAAGGUGUGCACCACGUUAUUCCAAAGCUCAGUCCUUCACAGCUUCUCCAGGAGCUAUGGCUCCUGCUUUGACAUCUGAUGCGGGCCCUUUAAACUGUGUUGUUGGUGAAGCAUGUUGACACAAGGGACAA